AUGCCACGCUUCCUCAAUACGACCUCUGGCGAGUUCGAAUGGCAUAAUGACCCAAGUCAAGUUUCCUACGCAAUCAUAUCUCAUACCUGGCGCCCUGAAGACGCGGGUGGCGAGCAGUCCUACGAGGAUAUCCGAAAGCUACAAACUGCUGUCCAGCAGCUCCGGAGGGAAGCCCAGGCGUCCACCACUUCCUCAUCUCAUCCUGCACCCAUCAUCAUCGAUACCCUCCAGACUAUAUUCACCCAUCCUGACCUAUCGGAAAAGAUAAAGGGGGUAUGCAAAAUCGCGCGGCAGGCCGGGUACGAGCUCUUAUGGCUCGACUCCUGCUGCAUCGACAAAACGAGCAGCGCGGAGCUCUCGGAAGCUAUCAACUCGAUGUUCGAGUGGUACAGGCUUGCGGACGUCUGCUACGUCUACCUUGAAGACGUUCACGAAGGCGACAACCUCAUGGAUGACCGGUCUGAGUUCUCGCAGAGUAGGUGGCACAAACGGGGAUGGACCCUGCAAGAGCUUAUCGCGCCGGAGCGGGUAGUGUUCCUGUCCGUCUCGUGGAGCUAUCUCGGGACGAGGAUGGGGCUCGCUUCCACACUUGCGCAGAUUACUGGGAUUGACUUCGACAUCUUGACCGGGCGCGCGACCAUGCACUCUGCGAGCGUCGCGCGGAGGAUGGCGUGGGCCGCGAAGCGCGAGACGACUCGCGUCGAGGACCGUGCAUAUUGCCUCAUGGGUAUCUUCAACAUCCAUAUGUCCCCGAUCUACGGCGAAGGCCUCAACGCUUUUCUCCGCCUCCAGGAGGCAAUCAUCAGGACGAUCCCUGACCAGAGCGUCUUCACGUGG